GGAAGGAAAGGAACAGGCAUUCUUCCCCAAAGCGGAUUCGUCGUCUACUGGCCUAGAGGGCCUGAGCAGCGAAUUUGAGAUCAUGCGUGGUGAUUUAUGCAGGCUUCUCAUCUCGAGUAUUGAGCCAAGCGUCCAUAUACAACUAGGGCUGACGGUGCAAGACUUCGAAAACACCGACGAAGGUGUUAAAAUCACACUGUCAGACGGUAGAGUGGACAGCUACGACUUACUGGUUGUGGCCGAUGGGCAAAGCUCUUCUCUACGACAAAAGAUGAUGGCAAGUGAGCAAGAGGGUUCGGAUCAAUCCCGAAAUCUUGGCGUCUACAGCGCAUACUACACUAUGUCACGAACGCCAGAUGACCCCGACCUGGCCACCGUUUACGUAGGUUCCGACAAACGAAUAAUGUGUACUAGGUGGCACAGUCAGGAGCGUGGUCAAGGGUAUCUUGCGACCAUGGCGCAUCAACAAGAGAUUGAGACGGCCCUAAAGGAGGAUGUCGAUACACAGAAGAAGCUGUUUGAAGAAAUCUUUACAGACGCCGGGUGGGAAGCCAACCGGCUCGUCGAAAGCCUCAAGCAAGCCGAUGACUUUUAUGCUCAUUCUUCGGUUCAGAUCAAGAUUAGUAGAUGGUCUAGAGGCCGGGUGGUACUACUGGGUGAUGCUGCAUAUGCACCAACUCCUCUCACCGGCAUGGGCACCAGCCUCGCUCUCAUUGGGGCGUAUGUUUUGGCUGGUGAGAUUUCCAAAGCAGGAAAUGUUUGUGAUGGAAUUGAAACAUAUGAAAAGGCGCUUCGACCUUUAGUGGAAGAAUCCCAGCAACUACCCAUCGGGCUACCCAACCUAGCCUAUCCGUCUAGCCACCUGGGAGUCAAAGCCUUCUACUGGUUCGCUGGCCUUGCCUCCACACUCAAACUUGAUAAGCUGGGCGACAUUUCUUUCUUCAAAAAGUCUGACCAUUGGAGUCUGCCUCAAUAUGACGAGCUGUGUUCGGUCGAUCGCACUCAGUCAAGCCAAGACCUCUGA